AAAUAAAAUAGAAUCAGUCUUUGAUAGAUGGUCAUCAAUGGGAGACAAGGAAUUAAUUAAAAUUGUUCCAGUCACAAGUGGAUCAGAAUAUGAUGACAUCCAGGCCACUUUCCGUCGGAAUUUGCCUUCCUAUCGUAUAAUCAAAAUUGAGAGAAUUCAAAAUAAAACAUUAUGCCAGAGAUACAAAGCAUUGAAAGAACAAUUUGAGGCAGAAAAUCCAAAGAUUACAAAUGAAGUUGAUGGCCUUUGGCAUGGUACUACUGCAGAAUGUGUUGAGAGAAUAAAUAGAUAUGGAUUCAACUGUAGAUAUUGUAGUAAAAAUGGCACAUAUGGUGAAGGUGUUUAUUUUGCCAAAAGCAUCCGAUAUUCUGCAGAUGAUACCUAUUCUACUCCUGACCAUCACAAAAUAAAGACAAUAUACAAAUGCAGUGUUCUUGUGGGAAGAGUGAUUCAAGGGCAACGUAGAUUAAAAGUUUUACAUGGUUCUUACAAUUCUGCUGUUGAUGAUAUUCAAAGACCCGAUAUUUAUGUUACUUUUGAUGACUCUCAAGCAUAUCCUAAUUAUUUGAUUACAUUCUCUAAGGCUUUAGUAACACUUUGAGUUGAGAUUUGUAAUUCUAAAAGUAUUCAAAUGUUUAACACUAAAACUUCAAUUUUAUAACACUUAAAACUAUUUGAAUUUUUAAAACUAAUGCUGUUCAAAUUUGUAACUGUAAAAUUAUUCAGAUUUGUAACAGGAAAAUUAUUCAGAUUUGUCACAGUUAAACUAUUCAAAUAUUUAACAGUAAAAUUAUUCAAAUUUGUAACAGUGAAACUAUUCAAAUUUGUAACAGUAAAAUUAUUCAAAUUUGUAACAGUGAAACUAUUCAAAUUUGUAACAGUAAAAUUAUUCAAUUUUGUAACAGUGAAACUAUUCAAAUUUGUAACAGUAAAAUUAUUCAAAUUUGUAACAGUGAAACUAUUCAAAUUUGUAACACUAAAAUUAUUCAAUUUUGUAACAGUGAAACUAUUCAAAUUUGUAACACUAAGAUUAUUCAAAUUUGUAACAGUGAAACUAUUCAAAUUUGUAACAGUAAAAUUAUUCAGAUUUUUUACACUAAAACAAUUGAAUAUAUUUUAACAUUUUCUUUUUUGUUACAUUAGAUGUAAUUAUUGCUUAAAAUAAAAUGAAGGCUGCAGGUUCAAAUCCAGUCAAAGUUUAUUAUUUUGUAUUAUAUUUUUUAAAAAAAAGUAUAAACCGGUUUUGUGACUGGGAAGAAACUGUCCACUGAUUUUGGAAAUGUGUUUCCAAGAAGAAUAAAAUUCCUUUACACUUACCAAAACCCCAUCCAUAUGAUCAAGUAGAGCCCAACUGGUACAUAUUGAAUGCCUGUUAUCAGAGAAAAUUGGUGGAAAACCUGUGGAGUAUUCAUAUUUAGCAUUUUUGAGUGAAAUCACCAGACAAUGGCCAACGUCCUGGUGGUAUAAUACGGGAUAUUAUUGGGAUACACGACACUUUUGUCAUUACUUUCACCAUCUUUCUUGGAAUUCUCAAGUAAUAUCAUGGAAAAUGCAGGUUAAUUCUCAAAGCAUCAUUUUGCAAAUGAAGUACAGCUUCCAUGUUGCAAAGUACAAUACACACACAUAUCCCCACCCUCUCAGGAGCAGUACAUAUGUAAGCUGAAAUGAUUGCUGUGCUAAAUAGAGCUUACA